AUGCCCAGCAAGCAGGCAAAUGAUGUGUUGGCUGUUGAGGAAUUAGUGCAUGAAAUAAAGGAGAACCUUCGGCUUAAAGCAAGACCAUCACAUCAUCCAAAUCGUAGCUCAAGACCAUCACCAUACCACAUCCCGUGUCGGUCGUGGAGUGAUGGUUGCAACGAUAAAAAUCACCAUCAUUCCACGGGGAAGAAGGAGGUUGAUCCUGCCAAUAUUGAUGACCCCUAUGAACUCCUUCAGGCUCUCAUAAAGAGCAACAAUUUAGUUAAAGAAGCCGUACGGCGUCUUCAGCUCAAUCUCUCACCCAAGCAACGAUACUUCUACGAAAGUGACGAUGAAUCGAGAUCACCCCUACUUAGGAUGUGUCACCUUGAAAUAUAA